GUGUCGAUUGCAGUACGUGAGAAAUUUGUUCAGGCAUUGCUUUAUAUCUUGUACAGUUUGUAGGCUGCAAAGAUUCUUUAUAUUACAAGAGCAAAACACAGCAAAAUGGAUAAAAAGGAACAGAAUGGACACCAGGGUGAGGGUGGAACCAUAAGAAUUGUGGAAGGCAACGACAGGGAAGACUUACACCAUGAAACACUGCCGUGCAAUAACGGAGAUCAUAACUGCAACUCUUUUUCACACAAGACUGGCAAGAAGGAACCAGCAGUAGAGGCUACACCAAGCAACAUUGUCCAGAUAAAGUGUGCAACUCUGCAGAUUAAUGACCAGUUGCAACAAGUUAUAACACUCAAAGUUGAAAGCACUCAAGAGCAGAAGAAGGAUCAAAUGACACCUGACCUUGAAGUGGCCUCUACACUAGACAAUGAACCAGUACCACUUUUGCUUCCAGAGAAAUCCAGCACUGCGUACAAGUAUGCCACAACACUCACAAACAGACAGCGAGGGAACGAGAUCUCAUCGCUCCCAGCAAACCUGGACACGCUAUCGAUUCAUCAGCUAGCUGCUCAGGGAGACCUGGCCCAACUAAUGUCAAAUCUUCAACAAGGGAGCUCAUUGCUCAAUGUUGCAGAUGAACGAGGCUUCACACCACUCAUGUGGGCAGCAGCAUUCGGGGAAAUGGCUGUUGUGAAAUUUUUGCUCCAGAUGGGUGCUGACCCACACACUCUGGCAAAGGAGCGGGAGAGCACGCUGUCUCUGGCUAGCAUUCAGGGAUACAGCGACAUUGUCCAGCUACUCCUUGAUCAUGGCGUGGAUGUCAACAUUUAUGACUGGAAUGGAGGAACUCCGUUGCUGUAUGCAGUGCAUGGAAAUCAUGUGAGGUGUGUGGAAGCUCUAUUGGCCAAAGGUGCAGAUUUAACAAUGGAGGCAGACUCUGGUUACAGUCCGAUGGAUCUGGCUGUGGCCCUGGGUUUUAAAAAAGUUCAACAAGCAAUUGAAAACCAUGUAUUGAAGCUACUUCAGAACAACAAAGAGUGAUCAAGAAGUGGAAGCAAUGGGACCAUCCUCAGGGUGAGGUGGAGCCAGUAAACAAACACUAGCAAAGGCUUUCCUUCUGCUCUACUAAACUCUGCAGCAAGAAGCUCACUGGGAGCAGCACAGGCUGUUGAGGCCCACUCCAUCCUAUCUGAUGUACAAAAUAAAUUCAACAGACAGUAAGAUCAUAGGAAGCAACGGAAGAUGGUUUCUAACGAAUGGCAAAUCAAAUGAGUGGACUGGUUACUGAUGUAGUUGUGAUUAUUACAGCAACCUACUCUUUAAAUCAGCACUGGUAACUGACUAAACUGUACAAGUUGGUCUGGGUUUUUUUUGGGGAUGGAUUGCCUAUAGAUCUCCAAAGUGUAAAGACAUUAAUUUAAAAAAAAUUAAAGUUAAUUCUUUUUUCAGAUA